UGUACUUUAUGGAUUUUGCAUCAACUUUUGUUACAGCGUUGUUGGAGUUACGGGACUCGUAUGCAGCAUAUUUAAGGCUGUAUUGCGGGAACAUCGACGAUUAUAUCAGCACAGAGCUAGAGGAGCCUCUACCUUUGCUGGCAUCGAAAUGCUUCAACAAGGACCUCAAGACGUUGGUCUACGCUUUCGGUUUCACGUCCAGCCCCAAGGCCGAUACUACGGAGACUGUUGUGGAGGCUUACAUGAAGAUUGGUGGUUAUAACGUGUUUGUUGUUGACUGGGAGGAAGAGGCAGCAUCGCCCUCCUUGAUAAUGGAUGUUGUGAAGUACCCGGCGUCGGCCGUACCGAAUACGAUAAGGAUUGGUGAGCAGUGUGGUCAGGCCCUGGACCAAAUGUCAGCCAGCACUCUCAACUUGAGCACUACUCACCUGAUAGGACACUCGCUUGGUGCCCAUUUGGUGGGAUAUUGCGGUAAAGAACUACAAACCUUUAACAAAAAUGUAUCGAGAAUAACCGGGCUGGACCCGGCCGGUCCACUAUUCGACGGGCCGCUCUCGCUGGACGGACUCAACCCGUCGCGGGCCGAGUUCGUGGACGUCCUGCACACGGACCCAGGGGUCUACGGGACCAAGGAGCAGCUGGGACAGGUCGACAUAUGGUUCAACUGCGCCUGCAAGAACCAGCCACAGUGCGCCAUCGAGUCAAUAAUUAUUGCUAAAGACUCAUGCAACCACCAGGACGUGUGCUACUAUAUGGCUGAGGCUCUGCUCAAUUCCACCGCGUUCGUGGCGCAGCAGUGCGACUCCUGCCACGACUGGGUCACCUUGAACGCCACUCCAGAGACAGAUUCUAUCAUCUACAUUGGCGAAGACACCGACAGAACAGCUCGAGGCAACUUCUAUCUCAAGACCAGCAGCGAACCUCCCUACGGCAUGGGGGCGGAAGGCCUGACGUAUAUCUACGGACAAAGGGACGAAUAAGCUGCAUCUACUACAGAAAUAUAUUUUACCAACCACUCUUAUUUUGACA